GAAACUUCGGAGCGCAUAGCUUCCGUAAAGGUGGAGCGAGCGCAGCUGCUCUCUCGGGUGAAGCCUUGUCGGAAAUUUUAACGGCAGGCGCGUGGUCGGAGAAGAGUAGCGCCGGGAAGUGCUAUGGUUCUUUAUCAGAGCUUCAGGGUAGUGGCAUCGACAACGCCGCCAAGCUGACGGCCGACACUACCGACCAGCUUGAAGCCAUUGGCGCAGGUGAAGGAGCCCGAGCCCCUCUCUGAAGUCAAGCG